ACAAAAUUUGACUACGUCAUGCACUUCUCAUUGCCAUGUUACACGUGGCAUCAUCCUAAUUCCCCAGACGCGACAAUCAAAUCCAACGAAUGCGAUUUCACCUCUUUCCUCCAACUAGGGUUUCAUAAGCCUCCCUUCAUAUUUAUACCGUCACAGUUCACUGCCCUCCCCGAGUGCGGUGCAGUUCCCUGCCCUCCCUAACCAAAAAACCCCAAAAAUUUUCUCUCUCUAAAGUUUUCUAUUCCUAUCCCAAAAUUUAUCCCCCAAUUUAACACAUACGUAGCCGAAAACCCAAAAAAGAGUUACCUUUUUUUUCCCACUUUCAGCAUUGCUUGUUUCUCUGUUCUUCUCUCUAAUCAAUAACGAGGAGAGAGAGAAAAUAUCCCCCAGAAUCAAGAAUAUAGCUGAAAUUGGAGCAAUGGCGCAGAUUCAGGUGCAGCACCAGAAUGUGGCGGCGCCGGCUCCCAAUGGAGUGGCGGUGGCGCCUGGUGGGGCUUCUGCAGGACAGUUUCAGACGACCUCUCUGUAUGUCGGUGACUUGGAUUUCAACGUAACGGACUCGCAGCUCUACGAUCUGUUCAAUCAGGUUGGGCAGGUUGUGUCUGUUAGGGUUUGUCGCGACCUUAGCACUCGCCGCAGCCUUGGCUAUGGUUAUGUCAAUUAUAGCAACCCCCAGGACGCUGCAAGAGCUAUGGAAUUGUUGAACUUCACUCCCCUCAAUAACAAGUCGAUCCGAGUCAUGUAUUCUCAUCGGGACCCAAGUGUUAGAAAAAGUGGAAUGGCAAAUAUCUUUAUCAAGAAUUUGGACAAAACAAUUGAUAACAAAGCUCUGCACGACACUUUCUCUAGCUUUGGAAACAUCCUUUCGUGUAAGAUAGCAACUGAUCCUAACGGUCAAUCUAAGGGUUAUGGAUUUGUGCAAUUUGAUUCUGAAGAAGCUGCACAAAGUGCUAUAGAUAAGUUAAAUGGUAUGCUCAUAAAUGAUAAGCAAGUCUAUGUUGGGCAUUUCCUCCGUAAGCAAGAGAGGGAUACGACGCAGGGCAAUGCUAAGUUCAACAAUGUGUUUGUGAAAAAUCUAGCCGAGUCUACUACAGAUGAUGAUCUAAAAACAACUUUUGGCGAAUAUGGGAUAAUCACUAGUGCUGUAGUGAUGAGGGAUGCUGAUGGAAAGUCGAGAUGCUUUGGAUUUGUCAAUUUUGAGCAUGCUGAUGAUGCUGCUAAAGCUGUUGAAGCUCUAAAUGGAAAGAAAUUUGAGGACAAGGAAUGGUAUGUUGGGAAAGCCCAGAAGAAGUCGGAGAGAGAGCAGGAACUUAAAAGUCGGUUUGAGCAAACUACCAGGGAAACUGUUGACAAAUUUCCAGGAGUUAACUUAUAUGUUAAAAACUUAGAUGAUAGCAUUGAUGAUGACAAACUGAGAGAAUUAUUUUCAGGUUUUGGUACCAUCACCUCUUGUAAGGUUAUGCGAGACCCUAGUGGAAUAAGCAGAGGAUCUGGAUUUGUUGCCUUUUCAACUCCGGAAGAAGCUUCCCGAGCUCUUGCUGAAAUGAAUGGGAAAAUGUUAAUUAGCAAGCCUCUUUACGUUGCCUUGGCACAGCGCAAGGAAGAGAGGAGAGCCAAGUUACAGGCCCAAUUUUUGCAAAUGAGGCCUGUUGCAAUGCCACCUUCUAUGGCUCCACGUAUGCCCAUGUAUCCCCCUGGUGCACCUGGUAUUGGGCAGCAGCUAUUUUAUGGGCAAGCCCCUGCCAUCAUUCCUCCUCAGGCUGGCUUUGGUUAUCAGCAGCAGCUUGUUCCUGGAAUGCGCCCCGGGGGUGCUCCCAUGCCAAAUUUCUUUGUGCCGCUAGUCCAACAGGGUCAGCAGGGCCAACGACCAGGUGGCAGACGAGGAGGUCCAGGACAGCAAAAUCAGCAACCUGUCCCGAUGAUGCAACAGCAGAUGCUACCAAGGGGGGGGAGGGUGUAUAGGUAUCCUCCUGGUCGUAAUGUGCCAGAUGUGCCCAUGCCUGGUGUUGCUGGAGGAAUGGUUUCUGUUCCGUAUGACAUGGGUGGCAUGCUUCCUCGAGAUCCCCAGCCUAUGCCAAUUACUGCUUUGGCUUCUGCCCUUGCUAAUGCAACACCUGAACAACAGAGAACUAUGUUGGGUGAGAACUUGUACCCUCUUGUUGAUCAACUGGAGCAUGAGCAUGCUGCGAAGGUCACAGGCAUGCUUCUGGAGAUGGACCAGACCGAGGUUCUUCAUUUGCUUGAGUCACCUGAUGCUUUGAAAUCAAAGGUUUCCGAGGCAAUGGAUGUCCUGAGGAAUGUUCAGCAGUCUGGCAGCCCCGCCGACCAACUUGCUUCGCUGUCACUCAACGACAACCUUGUUUCUUGAAAAUGAUGUGGACAUGGCGCUCUGCCUAUCUGAAUCAACUUUUUGCUAGUGAGGGUUUUAAAUUUGGUUGGACACAUGCUAGGAUUCUGCAUUUGUGAUAUUUACUGUUGGUUUUCCUAUUCCUUUUCUGCGCUUAUCUUAAAAUUGUUGGUCUCUGGAAUUUAUUUGGGUUGCCUUAGUAUUUGAAUGCGAUUGCAAUUUCCUA